AUGGCGCUCGAUACGGACGUUGUAAUCAUAGGCGCGGGAAUGAGCGGCCUCGGCCUCGCCGUUCAACUCAUCCGCAUGUACAAUCUGCGCAGCUUUGAAAUCGUGGAGAAGAGCGGGGAUGUGGGCGGGACGUGGAAUGUGAAUACGUAUCCGGGGUGUGGGUGUGAUGUCGCCUCACACUUCUACUCCUACAGUUUCGCACUGAAUCCAGACUGGACCCGCAAGUACUCGCACCAACGCGAAAUCCAGGCGUAUUUCCGAGGGGUCGCAGAGCAGUACGAUGUCCUUCCGCAUAUCCGAUUCCAAUCCACUGUGGAAAAAGCUGUGUGGAAUGAGGAUGAAAAGAUCUGGGAGGUCGAAGUUUUGGAUUUGAAAACGAAGCAACGCACCAUCCGGCGGGCGAAGAUCCUCGUAUCGGGUGUGGGAGCCCUGUCUGUACCCAAGGAAUGCGACAUCCCAGGCGCAGAGACGUACAAAGGACGUUUAUUCCAUUCUGCGAGGUGGGAUCAUGAGUUCGAUUGGGGUGGGAAGGACGUUGUUGUUCUUGGAAACGGCUGCUCCGCCACCCAAUUCGUCCCCAUCCUCGCCUCCGCCCCCAACUCACUCCGCAACCUCGUGCAAUUCAGCCGCCAAGCGCAGUUCCUCUCAGCCCGCGAGAACCCCGUCUACUCAAACACCUUUAAGGCCAUCAUGCGCUAUGUACCACUAGCCAUGCGCCUCUACCGCCUAAAAUUCUACAUCGAUCUAGAACUCGACUACCGCGGUUUCUCCAUCGCCUCCGGCCAGCACAUCCGCCAGGCCCUCGCUAAGGAAAACUCCGCAUACGUGAAGAGCGUGGCGCCGCCGAAGUACUGGGACGCACUCAUCCCGAAUGUCGAAGUAGGGUGUAAGAGAAAAGUCCUGGAUACAGAGUACCUGAAGACGCUGUGGCGAGAGAAUGUCGAAUUGGUAUAUGAUGAUGCUGUGGAAAGGAUUACGGAAAAGGGGGUUGUGACGAGGCAGGGGAGGGAGAUUAGUGCGGAUGCGAUUGUGUUGGCGACCGGGUUUGAGACGGUACAGAUGUUAGUGCCGAUGGAGAUUUUGGGGAGGGGGGGUGUGGGGUUGAGGGAAUGGUGGGACAAAACUUCCCGCGGCGUCGCUCAAGCCUACUUCGGCACCGUCGUGCCGAAUUUCCCUAAUUUCUUCAUACUGAUGGGUCCAAAUACCGUUACUGGCCAUCUCAGCGUCAUCUACAGCACCGAGUGCCAAAUCAAUUUCAUCCUCCGCCUUCUCGACCCCAUCAUCAAAUCCCUACCAUCCUACCAAUCCCAAUCAUUAGUCCCUAGCUUCUUCGCCGCAACACCAGCAACCGUCGAGGUCAAACCCGAAGCCGCAGCCGCAGAUUCCCGCUGGACACAAGCCGCAGCGAAGAAACUAGUCUGGUCAACUGGAUGCGUGAACUGGGCUGUUGAUCGCAAGACAGGACUUAACAACAUGAUGUAUCCAGACUGGCAAUUCAUGUUCUGGCUCCGCAGCAUCUUCUGGAAAAAAACCGAUUUCGUCUAUCUAGACGCGGAGACGGGUCGAGAAAUUAAUCCGCACGCGCGGAAGACGAUACUACGGCUCGUGGCUAUCGCUGCGUUUGCAAGCGGUGUCUUUGUAGGCAGACACUGGCUACGCGAGUCGCUGCCUCGUAGGCUGCAGGACUUCGACCCACGGGCGUUGUUGCAACGGUCUGGGAUCGUAAGAAUUGUAAACUAG